CCGCGGGAGCGAGCCUGGCCGCCCUCCUGGCCGAGGAGACGGUCGCCGGGCGCCGAGGUUCCCAAUAAGGCUGCACAGAGGACCCCUUGAUCGUGGCAAUGGAGGGGGGGCCAGCAGUUUGCUGCCAAGACCCUCGGGCAGAGUUGGUGGAACGAGUGGCAGCCAUCGAUGUGGCCCACUUGGAGGAGACAGAUGGUUGCCCACGGUCUGCCAGGAAUGGUGUGGAACCCCCACCACGGGCCAGAGCUGCCUCCAUGAUCCCCAGUACUUCAGGACUCCCUCUACCCAGGCCCAGCCUCUCAACUAGGAAGUUGUCUCUGCAGGAGCGGCCAGCAAGAAGCUGCCUGGAGGCCCAGGCUGGGCCUUAUACCACAGGGCCUGCCAACCACAUCUCCCCACGGGCCUGGCGGAGGCCCACCAUUGAGUCCCACCACGUGGCCAUCUCAGACGCAGAGGACUGUGUGCAGUUGAACCAAUACAAGCUGCAGAGUGAGAUUGGCAAGGGUGCCUACGGCGUGGUGAGGCUGGCCUAUAACGAAAGUGAAGACAGGCACUAUGCAAUGAAAGUUCUUUCCAAAAAGAAGUUACUGAAGCAGUAUGGCUUUCCACGUCGCCCUCCCCCAAGAGGGUCCCAGGCUGCCCAGGGAGGACCAGCCAAGCAGCUGCUGCCCCUGGAACGAGUGUACCAGGAGAUCGCCAUUCUGAAGAAGUUGGACCAUGUGAAUGUGGUCAAGCUGAUCGAGGUCCUGGACGACCCAGCUGAGGACAAUCUCUAUUUAGUGUUUGACCUCCUGAGAAAGGGGCCGGUCAUGGAGGUGCCCUGCGACAAGCCCUUCCCAGAGGAACAAGCUCGCAUCUACCUGAGGGACGUCAUCCUGGGCCUUGAGUACCUGCACUGCCAGAAGAUCGUCCACAGGGACAUCAAGCCAUCCAACCUGCUCCUGGGGGAUGAUGGGCAUGUGAAGAUUGCCGACUUCGGUGUCAGCAACCAGUUUGAGGGGAACGACGCUCAGCUGUCCAGCACGGCCGGCACCCCAGCGUUCAUGGCCCCUGAGGCCAUUUCUGAUUCCGGCCAGAGCUUCAGUGGGAAGGCCUUGGAUGUGUGGGCCACCGGGAUCACCCUGUACUGCUUUGUCUAUGGGAAGUGCCCAUUCAUCGAUGAUUACAUCCUGGCCCUGCACAGGAAGAUUAAAGAGGAGGACGUGGUGUUUCCUGAGGAGCCACAGGUCAGCGAGGAGCUCAAGGACCUGAUCCUGAAGAUGCUAGAUAAGAACCCCGAAAGGAGAAUUGGGGUGCCAGAUAUCAAGUUGCACCCCUGGGUGACCAAGAAUGGGGAAGAGCCCCUUCCCUCGGAGGAAGAGCACUGCAGUGUGGUGGAGGUGACCGAGGAGGAGGUGAAGAAUUCGGUCAAGCUCAUCCCCAGCUGGACCACGGUGAUCCUGGUUAAGUCUAUGCUGAGAAAGCGUUCCUUUGGGAACCCGUUUGAGCCCCAAGCACGGAAAGAAGAGCGAUCCAUGUCUGUUCCAGGAAACUUACUGCUGAAAGAUGGGUGUGGUGAAGGCAUCAAGAGCCCAGAGCUCCCCGGUGUCCAAGAAGAUGAGGCUGCAUCCUGAGCCCCUGCAUGCGCCCAGGGCCACCCAGCAGCACGCUCAUCCUGCGCCUCCAAAGGCCCACCGCUCUCAUGCCGACAGCCGCCCCUGCGGGCAGGGGGCUGGGGACAUGGACCCUCUCCUGGCUCCCCUUCCCCCGUCAUGCUGCAUGACCUCAGCAUGUGUCCAGAGACAAGAUCAGAACGUGUGUCACCUGGGGUUUGGCGGGCAGGGCUCCCUUGAGGCAUUUCUCCUGGUCUUGGCUCUCCCUGGUGGGACCCAUGCUGUGGGGAAGGUAGGUACACACGGUGCCUUAGAAACCCCACUUGGCUUGUCCGCAAGGCCCAGAGGCAGGAGGCAAGAAACCAAGAUGGCAGGUGGAGGCCUGGCUGACCACCACUGCAGAGACUUCCCCCUGGGGGCUGGGCAGGCCUGGCUCCGUGCCACACGCACAUGGAGGGGUGUACCCUGCCACCUCAGGGAGCUACUGCCAGAGCUCGUGUCUGCUGAGAAAACUGUUGUGGAAUCUCUGAGUCCCUGAUGGGUCAUUCUGGGACCUCACUGGGGCAGGGACCAGUAUUGGAACAUUCAGAUUCAUGUUUUGUUCUUUUACUUUUGUUUUUAACAUGGGGAGAAGGGGGUACAGAGACCUGCUUGGGAACAUCAAAUGACCUCUCUAAAGUUUUGGGUGGCUCCUAGCGCACCCCACCAUUAUUUGCAGCCAGGAGAGCUGAACUGACCUUGCUGGAUUGUGUUUCACACUCAGAGAAUGGGUUGAAUUAAAGAUCUGAGCAGAGACCUGGACCAGGAUCACCACCUCUUCCCCACCUGCAUCACUCCCUCCGUUUGUGGCUCCUCAGAGCCGUGGCUGCAGAAGAGACGCCCGGGGUCCACGUCACCCGAGGACCCUGGACUCACAGGGCUGUGGCCUUGCAGACGCAGAAGUAACUGGAAUCCAUUCCCUAACCCUACGCUGGCCUCCCCAUCUGGCCCCAGAAGCUGCCCCCACAUUCCUACGAUGAAGGACAGACUGCCCAGGCUGGAGGGUGCCCUAGGAGUGGGGCCUUGGUGAGGUGAGCGUGCUGGCAGGCGGCCAUGGAGAGGUGGCCCUUCAGCCACUGCCUCGGCCCGAGGACAGUCACCAUUCAGCCUGCGCAGAGCUGAAGUGCUGGCGUGUGUGUGUCCACUCGGCCAGGCUGGAGCAGACGUCAUCUCUGGGACCACUUAAUUGCUUGUUUACUGACCAAAUGUUCAAGAGACUGACCCCCAAAGGAAAGGGAAAGCAGGACUCAGAUACCUCCCCUGAAAACAUGGGCCAAACGGGGUUGCAGUCGCUGGCGUGGGUUUCAUGUCGCAGGAGGACUUGUGUUGAGAAGCGAAGGGAGGCCGGCUGGAGGAGCGCCUGUGUCCGCGCAUCUCUGUGCCUGUGGGUGUACAUCGCCUCCGCGCACAUACGCAUGUGCGUGGCCAUCCGCUGCACAGCACACGCAUGUCUUGCACUGGCACAUGCAUCUGAAAUAUAGUUUCUAUGUCUAUUUAAGGCUAUGAGCAGAAUGUGGCCUGUUAUCCAUGGUCCACAUUUCUCCCCGGCUCAUCUCCACUAAGACAUUGUAACCCAGGGCUUAAAAGAUAAUUCGGUACUGUUUUUAAGAACACUUUUAUAGAGUUCACAGGAGGCCAGGUCACAGAUCAGCAAGGUUUUUCUGAACAUCUCUUUGCUGGGGCCUGGCAGGUGGGGCUUCAAGGGGGUGAUAUCUGUUGGACUUGCCCUCAAGGAGCUCAAAGGUGAGCCUGGCCUUAUUGCCCAGAUCACAGCCUGAAUGGGGUGCUUACCCCAUCACUGAGGGUUUGGUUGGCAUCAUUGUUUUUGAAUGUAGCACAAGUGAUGAACAAACUCCAUAAGAGUGUUUUAAAAAUUAACUUCUCAGGAAGUGAGUUAAAAACAAUAAAAGCCCUUUCUUGAGUUUAAAAAAACAAAAAAGUUUAUAUGUACAUUCUGUGCAUCUGGGU